AUGUGCCCCGUCGUGCACGUGAGAGAUGGGACCACGCGUGGCUUAUUUUAUUUGCGUUUACUCUUCAAUAUUUAUUUGCAAAGUUACCCAUUGUUUUUUGUUUUUUUUCCUUUGUUCCCAAUAUUGUCUUUCCGAGACGUUUGUUGGGAGGCGGAGGAAGUUGUUAGGGAUUAUGGGAUGCCGCAUGCGGUGGUUGUAAUGGGCGAGGACGACACUUCACAAAUACUUGGAGAUGACUUCGUUCACUUGCAGUACUUUAGCGAUCCGCAACGAUGCAUGCCGGCUAAGGUUCAGCAGCAGCAGCAUUCUCAACGGAUAAUUUUGCUCUACUUUUCCCUUCUGGGGCGUGAUUUGCUUGGGGUGGACUGGAGAAAAGAUGAUGGCGUCUUCAACGCGGAGAGGGACAAACUGUUUGAGGAGAUGCGGCGUUGCUACGACACCGAAACAGGAGGGUUUUGUCCGGUUCCUGUGAGCCAUUAUAACACAAGCGCCACAUUGUCCAUGACCCACUGUGCUCUUCAGAUAUUAAACCUCUGUGAUUUUCUACCCAAGGCCACUGAGGAGUGGGCGUAUAAGGAGAAAGUAAUGUCAUUUGUGAUGUCGUGUCAUAUUAGACACGAGCGUCCUCUCUUUGGAGAGUCUUUUCGAGGUGCUUUUCAGGCGGCCCCGGGUAUAGCGGAAGUGGAUAUUCGAUUUACCUACUCGGCUCUGGUUUCAAUGGCGCUUUUAUGCAAACCACAACCACUGUCUACUGUAUCAUCUCUACAAAGCACUCUCCAGGAGGCAGUCGCCUUUAUUUGGCGCUGUUGGGAUGCGCACGAGGGUGCAUUUGGAGCGGUGCCAGGGGCGGAGGCGCAUGGUGGGAUGACUUUUUGUGCGGUAGCCUCGCUGGCGUUGGCUGGCGCAAUGUCUUCUCUAACUCGGAGCCAUCAUCACUUACUAUUACGGUACUGUACCGCACGUCUGUCGGGGGGUCCUGACGAUCAUGAGUCCAUUGGCAGCACGGGGGUUAUUAUACCAAUUGUUGGAUACCAGGGAAGACCACAAAAGGAAUGUGACACAUGCUAUUCACACUGGAUCGGCUCCACCCUUCGCAUUCUUCAAACCCAAGAGCAUGAUUUUGUGUUUCCUGUGGAUGUUCUUCCCAUCUUCAGGUUUAUGGGCAAUUGCGUUGAUUCCGAACACGGGGGUAUUCGCAAGGACUUUGAUAUGCGUGCAGACAUCGUCCACGCGAGCCUGGGGCUUUCGGGCCUUCUUCUGCACGUUGAUUCACAUUGUGUUUCAAAGCUGCGACCACCACAUCCUGUGUACGGUUGUUCGUGGUCAACUGUAAGAAACACUGGACUACCUGAACUUGUGGUUACUUCCACGAGCACUUUGUAG